AUGGCGUCUGUUACCAGCCAGGGUGCGCAAUCGGCUGGCGGCCAGCACCAACGGGCCAAGUCAUCAGUUCUGCGGUCGUUCAUGAUGCACCGCCGAAACAACUCUCAAGGCGGCAAUCUGACUGCCGCAGCUCUGGUUCCCAAUCAGGGAGGAGGCGGUCCUCUCGAAGAAACCUCUCAUAACCGCCAACAGCCACAGAUGGCUCAUGCCGAAAAACACCCCAUGUCCCGUGGCAAUUCAGCUAGCAGCUACUCAAACGGCAAGUCGACAUCCAAUGCCUCAAACUCGCCCACAAAGAAGACGAAGAUUGCCGGCAACACUCCCCCGAUUGAGACCAAUACGUCCGAGAUUACGAAUGAGAACGACGCCGACAACACGAAUCCACUGUCCCUGUCACCGACAAAGAAGGACCGGGCUCGGUCCACGACGAACCUAGUCGGUCUCCUCUCACGGCCAAAGUCGUUCAAAAAUCUGCACAAGAUGGCCAAGGAAGCCGCAGCAGAAGCGGAAACUGAGGAAGAGCGUGGCCGUGGCAGACGCCGCGGUGAUGAAAAGAAGCGAAGCAAGUCCCGGUUGAACUUCAAGGACGCUCGAGACAAGGAAAACAAGGCUCUGCCGAACCCUGUGAUGGACAACGGUAUCCCCACGUCAGCCACUCCACCACAGGUAACACCUAUCUACGCCCAGUUUUGCAGCGCAAGCAAGGGAAAUGGAAGAGGUGACCUGGCCAGCAAGCCGUUGCCGUCGCUUGAUGAUACGGCCUUGGGAGGAGCAGUCAACCACCAGGGCCCUGCAACCAGACCACGCCCCAAGUCGUUUCAUCCUGUGUCGGCCAGCGUGGGAAAUGGAAGCACACCGGUAGCAAGGCCGACGUUGACGACCGCCUUCUCCAGCACUCGACAGAUUCAGCAUAAUGGAGUUAAUACGCCGACCUCGGCGACGCCGACAGUCGAAACGCCGUCUUCCAUCAAUCUCGCCAUUGACCCGAGCGACGUCGAUUCUCACCUCGAAGCUCUUCUCGACCGGCGCAAUAUCCCCGAACACCAGCGGUACAAGAUGCGCAACUUGGCCAACUCGAUCAAGAUGGAGUUGAUCCGCCAAGACUGGGCCGAAGAACGUUCGAAGCGCCAGCUGCAGCAGACUUCAGAUCGCCCCGAGAGCCACAACAGCAGCCGGUCCACCAACGAUAACUCCGACACCAAAACUACCACCAACACGCCGACCCCGACCCCGACAGAUGAUGGCUCUGCUGGAAUAUUCACAAAGUCGAAGCACUCACGUGUUAAGAGCCUGACCCUGUCGAAGGUCGCUCGGGGCCGCAGCCGGGACCGGGGAAGCAAUGACAGCACCAAACGGCCCAAGAGUCCCGCUGCAUCGCCGAAGAAGAAAACGGAAGGUACGCUGGGUCGCCAUCUCCGGUCCAAGUCCACCGAGAGUUUUGUGAAGAUGGGAACAAGCGGACCAGGGACAAGCCCAGACACCACGGCCGCAACGAGUAAUCCCAUCACAGGCUUUUUUGCAAAGGCAAAACUGCAAAAUAGUCCUGGUGACUUUGUGACAUAUCUCCGCACCGUGCAGGCCCCAGAAAAGAUGGAAGUCGGUAAACUGCACAAGCUGAGACUGCUUCUUCGUAACGAGACUGUUACUUGGAUUGAGGACUUCAUCGGCCAGGGCGGUAUGGAAGAGGUUGUCAGCCUGCUGCACCGCAUCCUGGCAGUUGAAUGGAGGGAGGAACACGAAGAUGCACUGCUACACGAGAAUCUUUUGUGUCUCAAGGCACUAUGCACCACGGCAUUGGCUUUGCAGUACCUUCACUCGAUCCACGCAAGCCUGCUGCCGGCGCUGAUCCACAUGAUCUUCGAUCCCGAAAAGAAGGGCCCAAGCGAAUUUACGACCCGCAACAUUGUCACAUGGGUGCUUUUCACGUAUAUCCAAAACGCACCUAUUGACGAACGUCCCGGCCGCGCUCAGACUGUACUCGGUUACCUGAGGGACCCAGAGUGCGGCGACGAUGAGAAACCAGUCAGCUUUGUGAUGGAUAUGCGCAAGGAGCGGCCCUACCGCGUGUGGUGUAAGGAGGUCAUCAGUGUCACAAAGGAGGUAUUCUGGAUCUUUCUUCACCAUCUGAACGUCGUGUCAUUGCCCACCAGCGCGAAGGACUGCAUAGUCCCCGCCUCUAAUGGUGACGACGAGUUCUUUUCCAGACGUGAGCCAGAAGCAACGUCGACUGCAUCCACAACAGUGUCCCCGCCGCUACCUCCUAAACACACUGAGACAGGGCCCUCUUACAUGCUUCGCCAUUUCCCCCAAGAGCGACCUCCCGUACCGGCUGCCCCGUACGUGGGUGGUGUUGAGUGGGAGGCCACCAACUACCUCGCCUCGCACCUCGAUCUUGUCAAUGCCAUCCUGGCAUGCACCCCGACCGCAGCUGAACGCAACCAUUUGCGGGGCCUAAUGCAAAUGUCCGGCUGGGAACGCUGCAUGGGCAGCAGUCUUCGCCUCUGCAAGGAGAAGUUCUAUGGUGCCGUUCAUGACGGCCUACGCGUUUGGGUUGCCGCAGCAUACGAGGAUGGCUGGGACGUCCGUGAUGUUCGCUAUGGGCCACCCCCACCGCCGGCCACCCCGACGACGGAGCGUCGCAGCAACUCGCCCAACAAGCGGGCACCAAUCGUUGGCGGCCCCAAGGCCGCGGAGCCUGCGCCUAAGCUCGAGAUCCCAAAACUCGACUUCAUUCUGGAUGGCGAAGGACUUUAA